AUGGCGUCGUUUGAUGAGACCAUAGAAAAGGCCGUUGAAGACCGCCUCAUUCCCGGCGUAGUCCUCCUAGCCAAAGACAAAUCCGGCAAGCUAGACUAUGCGCGUGCCAUCGGCAGGAGGUCUCUCAGGCCGGGGGAGGAGGAUCCGAUGGAGCUGAACAGCGUCUUCACGCUUAUGUCCAUGACGAAGCUCGUCACCUGCGUCGGAGUAAUGCAAGUCGUCGAGCGGGGCCUCAUCAAGCUCGACGACGACGUCGCGUCCAUCUUGCCCGUCCUCGCUGAGCAGCAAGUGCUGCACGGCUUCGACGACGAGGGCAAGCCGAUCCUCAAGCCUCGCCAGGGGACCAUCACGCUCCGGCACCUCCUCACCCACUCGUACGGCCAGGCAUAUCCCUUUCUCGACGCGAAGACAGCGCGUUACUUCGAGCAGACAGGCCGUCCGUUGUUCGGCAACAGCAAGACGGUCGAGGAGGCAUUCAACUACCCGCUGCUGUUUGAGCCGGGCGACGGCUUCCAGUACAGCCCCGGCGUAGACUGGGCGGGUCGGAUCGUGGAGGAGCUGACGGGCACGAAGUUCGAGGAUUGGAUGAAGGAGCACAUCCUGAAGCCGCUGGGUAUCAGCGCACUGACCUUCUUCCCGGAGCAUCACCCGGAGCUGCUGAGCCGGCUGGUGCCGCUGGCGCUGCGCGACGCGCAGAGUGGCAAGAUCGUGGCGAACCCGGCGCCGGCGGCCAGCCUGACGGUCAAGGAGGCGUUUGGCGGCUCGGGGUUGUUUGCAGACAUGCGGGAGUACUUUGCGGUGAUGGAGUCACUACUGAAGGACGACGAGAAGCUGUUGAAGAAGGAGACCACCGACCUCAUGUUUCAACCGCACCUGUCGCCCGUGAGCAAGAAGGCUUGCAUCGAGGAGUUCAAGGGCGCGGACUGGGCCGUUGGGCACUUCCCGCCUACGGGCGAGUACGACUGGGGUCUGGCUGGCCUGCUGACGGACGGGGACAGCCAUGAGCUCAGGAAGAAGGGGUUCCAGCAAUGGAGCGGCAUGUAUAAUCUGUCUUGGUUCAUCGAUCGGACAGCGGGUGUAGCGGGGGUAUUUGCUACGCAAUUCAUGCCAUUCGGGGACAAGAAGGCAAAAGAAUUCUUGAAGCUCUUCGAGGAAGAGGUAUACAGGAGAGCGAAGGAGUCUGGAUGA